GGGGGGAGGAAGGAAGUGGAUGAGGGCAAACCCGGCGAAUGCCCUGAAGUGGCCAUGUGCUUCCCCUCCCCUUCUCUCCGACUCCUGCUCAGAUGCACCUGGCUCGAGUUUCUUCGGGGUCGACGGCACAGUGCAUUACACUUCAUCGAGAUAACCAGGAGCCAGAUGUCGCAGAGCAUCCUGUCCGACGGGCGGCAUCGAUUCUGCACCGAACGCAACCUCCAGACCUUCGAUCCCCCCAUCGCAGCCGGUCCGAGAAUGGAAGACGACCUCGACAUCGCUCAUCGCCACGACAAGGACCUCCCUGGUCGAUCGGCGACACCCGUCCGACCGUCUUCGAACCCUUCAACUUCAGCUCGGAUAACAGGCUGGUUUCCACCAGAGUGCUGCCCUUGCGAACGGGCUCUUCGUUCUUGAAGCAAGCACUAUACCCAUCAGAUGGACACCACGCUGGACACCCUGGCACCCUGGACAGGGGGACGGAGGGUAGGCCUGAGACUUGUGGCUUUUGUUGCUUCCCAGCCUGCCACCAGGCGCAACCCAACAAGUCUGAAGAGACCCAUCAUGAUCCUGGCUUUAGUGACCGGUUCCGGAGAAGAAUGUCCGUCAAUUCGUCGAACAAUGAGCAGGACCACAAUUCGGUAUCUAAGUGCUAGACAUGGGCAUUGCUGGGGGUUUCGCGAGUUAUAUUGGUCAGGGAUGUGUGGCUAUGAUACCCGCUGACCGAUGACAUCUGUCACCCAAAGCAGAGGAUACAAGGGGGUUUACCAGGGGACGAU